CACCUGCACACCCACGCACUCUCACAGACACGGCACACCUCCACCUCCACCGUACAAAAGAAACACAGCUCACAUCUCGUACGCUCGCCCGUGAAAGAACACGGCUCGAUCCGCAGCCACCCCACAUAUGUCUCCAUUACUGCCGUUGUCUUCUUCUUUCACACUCCACGGAUUGCGCGCGCGACGGAAAUGGACAUGAACAUUGCAGCCACCUUGACGCGCGCCGAAGUCGCCUUUUGCGGCGAUGCUGAGCGCGCGUGCGGUGACGUGUGUCAGUCUCUAGAAAAAGAAAAGGGAAGCGAGGCGGCUGGUGCUGGGCUUGGGGAUUUGUUUGCAGAGUCUUUGAGGUUGAAGAACACGUUGGAUGCUUUUGAGGAGAAGGCGCGAACGUGUCCUUCGUGGGAAAUCCUCUCCGUCCUCGUCAACUGCGAAUACAGGCUCUACCUGCUCAACCAACACACCCCGCUCCGCAACAAUCCCUUCUUGUCGCACUGGGUCGAGUCCAUCCAGAGACUUGAGCAGCAGCUCUCCACCGACUCUGUAAUCACGCAUGAUGUAGCCACAACCGACGUCGGCAUAACGGGCAGGGAUAUUUGGAUAGUGCGGUUGGGCUUAAUUAAAGCUGUGUUGCAGUCUCGCAACGUCUCUUAUUUUGCUGAUAAGAACCCUAAGCAGCUAUACUUGGAGUACGUGCAGCUGCAGCGCAGACAGUCAUUUGAUCUCAGGCCCUACAUACGCAUGCUGGAGGAAGAAGAUAUUUAUGAGCGAACACCAGAGCCACCAGAGCCGCAGUCUCAAGACACACCGGGUGUUUCUACCACACAACCAGAGAACGAUAGCAUCUCAACGGCAAAUCGCCCGUCAAAACUCAGCAAUUUCCAGCAGUGGAAACAGGACAUCCUGUUUAGACUCAAAACCGAGCCUGGCGUGGCCAUCCCCGAACUCACACACCUCCCCAUCGAGCUCUCCUCCCUCGACUUCCUCACGACCCUCCUGCAGGAAAAUACGUUGCAGUCCUGCAGCAUCGACCCCGCCCCAAUCAUCAGCGACUACAUUCAGCACGCGCUACGUUUAACAGAGCAAAUGGGUGAACCUUCCCCUGCUGCUCUUACUUUGUCCGAGCCAGAACAGAUCCACACUCACGAUGAUCAAUUCGUCGAUCAUGGGCGUGAAGCGCAGACGCGCGCUGUGAAGCUUUUGCUACUGUUCAUUAGGAAUCUGAUCAGGAAGGCGCUGGUGGGAAUCGAGGCGAUAUAUUUCGAGAUCCAGGAGAUUUGUGUGAGGUAUGUCUGGAUCAAGGAGGUAAGGGAGUUUAGAGCCUUCAUUGAAGAGGGGGAUGGGCUUGGGCAUGAGGGAGUGUCGUGA